UUUAUUCUUUUCCCCGUAAUACUAUUUUUAUUAAAAUAACUAGUUAAUUAAAAAGAUUGGUAUAAAAAGUCAUCCCCUCGUCAUUUGCCCUUUCCUCUUCUCCAUAUUCGUUGCGUGAGAGAGGAGGAGAUCCAGAGAAAUCGAAGGAAUUGACCGAUGGCGUCGAAGAGGAUCUUGAAGGAAUUGAAGGAUCUGCAGAAAGAUCCGCCAACAUCAUGCAGUGCAGGUCCUGUGGCUGAAGACAUGUUCCAUUGGCAAGCAACUAUUAUGGGUCCACCAGAUAGUCCUUAUGCAGGAGGUGUCUUUCUAGUUACAAUCCACUUUCCUCCAGAUUAUCCAUUCAAACCACCAAAGGUGGCAUUCAGGACAAAGGUCUUCCACCCAAAUAUUAACAGCAAUGGAAGCAUUUGCCUCGACAUCUUGAAGGAGCAAUGGAGCCCAGCAUUAACCAUUUCCAAGGUGCUUCUGUCAAUAUGUUCUUUGUUGACGGAUCCCAACCCAGACGAUCCUUUGGUUCCAGAGAUUGCUCAUAUGUACAAGACUGACAGGAGCAAGUAUGAAACUACUGCAAGGAGCUGGACCCAGAAGUACGCAAUGGGCUAGCAGUUUACGGGCGAGAAGGUUGUUUCGGGCUACUUUCCUUGGCUUUGUUUGUUAAAUUUGGUUACUUCUGUCUUAUAUCUGUUAACGACGAAAUUAUCUCCGGUUGUCUCUUUUUUUAAGUCCUUGAGGGGGAAACCCCAACCUGCUGUAGAAAAACAAUUUGAACCGAAGAAUCAUAUUAUUGGAUUUGAUUGUUGGCAUGGGCAAAGGGUAUUUGAUUUACUCACCCC